AAAAAUUGCUCUUUGUUGAAAUAAUUAUCUGCUGGUGUUGUAACAUUAUAAAAUUAAAUUUGGCACCAGUGUUUAUAUGAAGUGGCAACACUGGACACAAGAAGAAGAGGCGCGGGAGUUUCUGCUUUACGAGGGGAUGAUUACAUCAAGAUAUGCAGAAUGUGAAGGAACUUUGAAAUGAGUCUGCAAAAUGAAGUUGGUAAUGCAGGAAACAUCACCUCUAUUAUUCUAAACCAAGGAUAGCUAUGAAACUGCCACAAGAAAACUAAUGCAAGGAAAGUGAAAUAAUUAUAAUCAAGAGAAAUAUAAAAGUGAGACUGAUUAUACAGUACAAGAGUAGUUUCCUUCAAUGUUUUACAUUUGAAUGUAAUGAACUCUCUAUUCUUGUUCUCACAUUGUGCUCACAAACAGGAAGUCUGAGAGUGUGAACACUAGAACAUACCCUUCUUUCCAGUGCUCUGAAGUGACUUUUCAUUUGUUUGAGUGUGUUGCUCUGAACAGCAGAUGGGUGUAGGAGGUGAGAGUGAAGUGAGAGAAUAUGCAAACAGAGAUAAUGGUGAGGUGCACAUCAAAGGAAAUACACCAAGGAAUAUUAAUGUAACAUGAGUAGUGAUGUAGGUUGUCAAGGAUAAUUGUAGCCUCUGUGCCUUGUAUUAUAAUCCACCAUUGAACAAGUGAGAUGAAUGUGAACAGCAGUGUUACCAAAAUAAAAAGCAUGAUGGAUGGCUUGCAGACUCAGGAUGCAAGAGAUGAGCUUAUGAGCAGGAAAGCUGAUGGAGCAAAUAAUGAAACUGAGAAUGGUGAAAUGGAAGAGACUGCUGGGGAUGAAGAGACUGUCAAUGGAGUAUCAAAGAGUCUGGAGCAAAUGAAAAACUAUAACAUGAAUAAAGCAGUUUUUAGUCAACUGAAGGCCCUCACCUCUGAGGCAAGUGGCAACUCACCUAAAAAGUCAAGCAUUCCAUCAAGGGGUGAGACAAGAAAGCUGUCAGAUGACUCGGACACGCGCUCACAAAUUGCACAGUGGUGGCAGUCAAGGCGGCAAGGUUCCCCUAGGAAGUAUCACCAAGGCCUUAAGCAAACAGGAGUGCUCAUGAACUCCUCAAAGUCAUACCCCAUCAUAGCCUCCUCGAAGAAGAGCACCCCUCCAUCUCAUACAUCCCCUUCUCAGACUGGCCCCAACCCCUCCCCACAGAAAGACAGUGCCAGAAAAGCCCUGUUUAGAAACACUCCUGGAACUUAUCUAGAGAGUCUCAUGAUUGUGCUAAAGACUGUGCUGUCACAGCCACAGGAUGUUGCUCUCCUGGGUGAGGCAGACAUGGGGGUAAUCACUAGCUUCCAGACACUCUCACUGGCUGCACAGAAACUGUAUGUGCGACUCCUGCAGAGGAAGUUGGAUCUGAAGAGGCUGUCAAAGGUCGUGUACGAUGAUGUGUGUGCACCUGAGGAGAUGGGCAAUAUUGUGGAGGAGUUGGUAGAUGCUGGAUUCUUUCUCAAAGAGGAAGACUUGGGGGGCUUGCCAGAAUUCCUGGAAGUUCUCAGUGUUGCUGAGGUACAGACAUUAUGCAAGGAUAUGAAGGUGUCAACCAAAGGCAAGAAAGAGGACCUGAUGAAGGCUUUGAUCAAGUUUUCCAAACAGCAGCCAUCUAUUCAGACAUUCUUUACUUCCUCAAAAGCUGCCUCUAGCUCCUCAUCCUCCACACUGCUCAAAAAAGCAAGGGAGUUGGUGGGGCCAUGCCUAAAGCUGGACCCUGAGGUGCACCGAGUGUUCCUGCGGGUGCUGAUGCUGUAUGGGCUGCCUUCAUACGAUGACAUGGAGGAGGGAGGACCCCAGGCUGCCCUCACUGCCAUGCUGCUCAUCAACCUGGGGAAGAUGAAGUUCCCAGCGUAUACUGUCAACAGGACAAAGGCAAUAUUCCGCACCCGAGAUGACCUGCUGAGGUUUGAGAAUUGUUGUCAGAUCAAUACAGAACUGCAGAAGUGUGUGGAGGACAAAAAAUGGGAGGCAGCUCUGCAACACUGUAAGGUGGCCAAAGACAUCUACCAAGAGCUUAUCAAAGAUGAUGACCUGCUGCAGCAUGACCGCUCCCUGCCUAGGUUUUUGCGUCGCUUCACCACCCUCUCCCUGCUGGUGUACAUCCUUAGUUCAUCGGUUGAGUUCCUGCAGAAGAUGCGGCGAUAUGAGGCUGCAGUGGAUCAGCUGGCAGAGUUGCUGAGCCAAGACACUUAUCUUCAGGACCACCGGGGUUUGUGGUACAACCGUCUCUCCCUCAACCUGCACUCACACCUCAGGAAGCCAGCUAAGGCACUGGAGGUCAUUGAGCAAGGCUUGUGGGACCCAGAACUCCAGGUGGCUCAUCGCCUCACCCUCAGCACAAGGGCACGACGUCUGGCUCGCAACGAAACUCUAGCCAAGCAGGUAGCAAGCUUACCACUAGAGCCACAAGUGGUGCUCCCCAAGGUGGUGAUACAAGGACGUAGUCUCCAUGGAGACAUGCCAGGGUAUAAGAGAGCCUUCAUCCGGCAAGAUUCAGACCGCCAUGCUGGAGAGGGUGCUGUCACCCUGUGCUCAGUAGAAGAGCUGGUCAUUGGACAUUAUCAACAGAUGGACUACCCAGAAGGUCUGCACAUGGAGGGCACAACUGUGCGCUCGCUGUUUGGGAUACUCUUCUGGGAUGAGUUGUACACCUCUGUACCGGAUGCCUUCAGGUCCCCUCACCAGGCUUCACCUCUUGAUCUGCUGGAUGGAGACUUCUACAUUGCCAGGAAGGAGCUCAUUGAUAAAAGAAUCAGUGACAUGUGUAGCUGGACAGAGGCAGAAACUGAUGCUGAGAUAGAGCGAGUAUGGCAGGAACAUAAGGAGGAACAAUGCCUGGUGUCAUGGCAAAUCUUCAGCAGCCUAGCCUAUGUCCAGGGGUUGGUGAAAAGUCUUGGCCUUAAGGUUUUGGCGGCUGUGUUUCAACGUCUUGCCCAUAACUACAGACACUUUCGCAGUGGCUUUCCAGACCUCAUUGUGUGGAACCCUAACACCAAGAAAGCUCGCAUAGUUGAAGUAAAAGGCCCAAAUGACACACUCUCAGUGAAGCAGGAAGUUUGGCUGAACUACCUUCUGACACGUGGAGCUGUUGCAGAAGUGUGUCAUGUGGAGGCAAUUGGGGCCAAGAAAAUGAGAUCAUCCCCUCGCAAAGCUUCACCCAAAAAAGUAUCACCAAAGAAGACUGGAAAGAGAGCAAAUAAUAGUGAUGAUGAUUUGGAUGAAGAUUAUGUCUACAAAGAGCCAAAGAAAGCUAAGAAAGACCACGAAAGUGAUGACGGUGAUUACUUGGAUGAAGAUUGCAGUCAUCCCGGACAGAGGAAGUCCACCAGGAAAAAGAAAAAUGGUGGUGAUUCUGAUGAAGAUUUUGUGUGUCCAAGCCCAAAGAAGACAGUCAGGAACACUAGAAGUCAUGGUCGUAGCUUAAGGCCAAGAUCUGCCACUGAGAAGACAGCACAGGGAAGGGGUAGAGGAAGGGGAAGGAGAGGGAGGAAGUAAUUAUUCGUACAAGAUGUCAAAUACCUAUUGCAUAGAAGUAAUUUUAUUUUAGGUAGUAUAUUUUGUAAAUUUGUAGUUGUGAAAAAUUAAUCAAUAUUCAGAAUUUAUAGAACUUAAAAGGCUGGGUGCCUUGCCUAUUUUUAGUGAAGUAUCCUGUGAGCCAUCACACAGCAAAGACUCUUUGCUCAUAUUUAUCACAUUGAUACAUAUUUUUUUGGAGAACUUUUAAUAUGGACAAAAAAUAUUAUGCCCCAGGUUUAAUAUUUUAUCAGUUUCUUGGAAAAAAAAAAAAGCUCCAAGUGAAAUGCGUAAUGUAUUGUCACAAGAUAACUUAAUUCCUUAAAUACUAAACCUGGAGGAUAUAACAUAGAUGUUUGACAGGAAAACAAAAUUGUGUCGUAAUGAGGUGAAUAUGAGCUAAGUAAUGAAAAGUGUGGAGUGGUGUGAGCUUGGCUUUGUUGAAGUCAAAAGGGAGAUAAGAUGCCAAACAGUCACAGCAUUCCCUAAUCACCUGUGUGCCUGUCCAUUAUGCAUAUUUGAAUAAAGUGACUUAUUAGUCAGAUGUGAAUGGGAAGGCCUCUGGUACUCUUACAAAUAAAUAAGCCUUCCAACAUUUUUUUUUUUUUUCUUGUCAGGAUUUGAUUUGAUCUUAGGCAAGUUCAGCACAGCCUUUUAUAUAAGGCACUCAGCCUUCUGUCCUAAUAAGUGACCACCUGUGUUCAACUGGGCACCUGGCCUUUAUUGGCUAACUAAAGGAAUUUAUGCUAGUGGCAUUAAAUCUGUGAUAAGUGCCAGUUUACCCUGAAAAACAAAAAACAAAAAAACAAAAACAAAAAAAAGGCUAGAAAACAUUAACAUAACCAAACUAAUACUGAGUAUUCAUGAAGUCUUUCAUAUCCAAAUAAUACACAUGUCCUUUGUUGUAUGUAACAUUUUCUAUUGUUCUGAAAAACCAAGCUAAAAUUCCUCUUAUAGGAAAAUAUAAUCCAGACAAAAUUUCAUAUCAUGUAUCAAUGUGGGAAUGAAAAUACAGAAGAGAGGAUUGCCAGAUCCCUCACUGCACCCUUUUCGGUCACUUUUUUAUGAUGCACAGGGAAAACAGUAGCACUAUUCUUCCAGCCCAGCUGCAAUGUGCAGCCUGGCAAUCCUCCAAACUAUAUGAAGAGCAGAAAUGUCACUUAAGUAUAAGUGAAAUUCUUAGAAAUUCCUGCGAACAUAUAAUAUUCAAUGCACAAAGUGUUUUUCAAUUAGUAUAGUAUAACAUAUUUGGUAUGUAUCUAUAUAUGACAGCACUCCAUGGUUUUUAUGUUACAGGAAAUACCUAAUUGAAUAUAACUGAACAUGUAUGUUGAAUCCUUUAUCUUUUGGCCAAUUUAAGAUGUAGAGAAGAUUACUCACUCCAGCUAAUCUCAGCCCAUGGAGAUAAAGCUGUGUUGUCAUCAAGGUAAUUUCAUGAAAUGAUCCCUUGAACUUGUAAUAAAUUGCAAACCACA